ACUUUUUAUAAAUUCAAUGACAAUAUUAUUAAUAAACUGAAUGUUCACAGGGCCUACUUAGAAAUUCAUAAAAUGGAUUUAAAUAAGCUAAAACAGACCAAAGAGGCCAAAAGGAACACCAGGCCGCAUGUAAAGUCCAUUGAGCGAUACAUCCACAGGCUCCAGUUUCAUACAAGCAAGAACAUGUGUGUACUUGAGAAUGACUUUGAAAACCAACUAGGCGAGUUUCACAUUAAAUUCAAAGGACUGGCUGGAUAUGCGAGAUUAUGUGCGGGAGAUAAAUAUGAAAUAUUAAUUAAUCACGAAAGACAAACAUGGAAGUCACGGGGCUGCAUCCACGCAAACGGGAAGCAGUUGUGGGAUGGCGAAGAAGUGGUUUUCCUCCCACGUAUUGCAGAAUGUCUUUCCAUGAAGCAGAAACAUGGAGUUUUCCGUAGAAGAGCACCUAGCAUUAGACUUUCUGUAGAAAAUGCACUUGAGAGCUUUGUUUUACUGAGCAUCACAUCUGACAUCUCUGAAGAAGGACACAAAGAAAGGUUGGCCUUAGCAAUGUCGUCAAUAUAUAACUGCUUAUGUUUAAUAUGCAUAACUGUAUACAUUAUUUUACACUUACAUGUGUAAAAGAAUGUACACGUGUUCAAAUGUUAACAUUGUUCCUCUUUCACAGAGGUAUAUAGUUAUUUAAAUAGGUAUCCAGAUUAUGGAGAAAUGUACCUGAAUGCUUUUCUGUAAUUCAUUACGUACUGCACAUUAAAUCUGUUUUCAUGUAAACCCACCUUAGGGUAAGUCUCAUGAAGAUAAGUAAAAGGAAGUAGCAAUGACAUUGUAGUCUCACAGAGUUUUGGAUGCCAGGAUCCGUGAUUGCCAAUUACCAGAUUGUACCAUUAAAUCCGGGAAAGAAUUCCC